ACGUUAGCGCCAAGCAAACAGUUGCAAGAUGGCGGCUGAUAGUGUCUCUUCUGGUUUUGAUGGUUUGGAAGAUUUGGUCGGUGCAAUAAACUUUGCAGCCGUCAAACACAGCAAACAACGUCGUAAAGACGAGGAGAAGACUCCAUACAUUAAUCAUCCUAUUGGAGUGAUGGACAUUCUUUGCAAUGAGGCUGGAAUUAGAGAUCUUGCUGUGCUGAAGGCUGCUGUACUACAUGACACCGUUGAAGACACAGACACUACUCUAGAUGAAGUUGAAGAGAACUUUGGUGCACACGUUCGUAGUGUCGUAGCAGAGGUUACUGAUGAUAAGAGUCUACCUAAGCAAGAGAGGAAGCGUCUUCAAGUUGUGAAUGCACCUCACAAAUCUAGAGAAGCCAAGUUGGUGAAGCUUGCUGACAAGCUUUAUAAUCUUAGAGAUCUGUCCAUCAGCACUCCUUCUGGUUGGUCAGAAGGCAGAGUGCAGGAAUACUUUGUGUGGGCCAGUCAAGUUGUUAAAGGUUUGUCUGGAACUUGCAAAGUAUUGGAAGACAAACUGGCUGAUGUGUUGGCAAAGAAAGGAAUUCGUUUGGAGACAAUUGUAUCGGAGGCAGAGUAGGGAUGCUAGCUUUCUUGUCACUUAUGUUUAUACAUAUUAUGGAAACGUUAUGCAUACAAUGCAGCUGAGUUUUUAGGCUUCGGAACUUUUUGCAAUGGUUUCUUGUGGUCUGUUUGUGAAACAACAUGACUGUCAUCAAAUGUGUACAUGUGUAUGGGGUAUGACCU